CAGCUGUGAGCGUGGGCCUUGGGAGGAGGUGGCGCCCGGCUCUCGCGACGAUGGCCGGGCUGCAGGCGCUGGUGCAGCGGGUGCUGCGCGCGCUGGUGUGGCGGGCACUACAAGCCCUGCUCUGGCCGCACCACGAGCUCAUCUCGGCGCUGUGCGCACGCCCAGGCACCUGGAGCUGGAUCCCGUGGCUCCCCAAGCCUCUGACGAACUGUGGGCACUCUCGUCGCAGUUCGCACCGGCACUCGCACUCGUACUCGCCGGGGGACCCGGCGCUGGCCGUAAUGCACCCCGGGCUGCGCUGGCGCGCGGACUGCGGGACCCUGCACAAGCUGCCCGUGCACCUGGGUCUGCUGAUCACGGAGUUGGAGCACAGCUUCUCGGACGUGGCGAGCAUCGUGGUGUGGUGCGUGGCCGUGGGGAUCUCCUACGUUAGCGUCUACGACCACCAAGGUAUUUUCAAGAGAAAUAAUUCCAGACUGAUGGAGGAAAUUUUAAAACGACAACAGGAACUUUGGGGCUUAGAUUAUUCCAGAUACUCAGCAGAGUUGGCAGAGAGUAGCGGCAAAGACGGUCUAGUUUUAAUCUGCCGGUCGGCCGUGCAGGUGCUGUCCCCAGAAGACGGGAAAGCAGACGUUGUGAGAGCCGCCCAGGACUUCUGCCAGUUGGUGGCGCGGCAGCAACGGAGAGCCACGGAUCUGAACGUGGAUGUGUUUGACCGCUUGCUUCGUUCCCACGGCUUCCCUGAUCCGGAUUUAGUACUGAAGUUUGGUUCUGUGGACAGCACAUUAGGCUUUCUCCCCUGGCAAAUCAGACUGGCUGAGAUCGUGUCCUUGCCUUCUCACCUGAACCUUCCUUACGAGGACUUCUUCUCCGCCCUUUGUCAGUAUGCGACGAGUGAACCGCGUCUGGGAAAGUAGUGGUCCCUGUUUGCGUCCCUUUUGGAACUAAGGACCCGAGGGACUCUGAUGUUUACAAAGUACCUAUAAAUACCCUGUGCACACCUAGUUCAUAUUCCUCAUAAUUUAUCAGCAGACACAAAGAAUGUCUUACUCGAGUGUGUGUGUGUGUGUGUGUGUGUGUGUGUGUGUGUGUGUGUGUGUGUUUGGGAAUAAACCAGGGAGGCAGCCGGGAAUGGAAUAGCAGAGGAUGUGAGCCUUCAGAUUUAAAGGUCUCAGCCGGUACAACUUUCCUGAUUUUGUGAAGUAUAGGGAGUGAUUAAAGCUGGUCAUUUGGAGUGGGGUGAGGGUAAUUUUUAUUCAGUUUAUCCUAGUGACCAAACUUUAAUUUUUAAGAAUGGUAUAUUGACUUACUAAACAGGAGUAUUCUCAUUUUGAGGGCGAUUCAGAGGAGCGGAAUCCUGUACUCACAUGUUGAAAGCUUGCUUGCAUUCAGAACAUCUCUCCUCAGAUUUCUGGCCAUUUCUGUUGCGUUAUUCUGGAUCAUCACAAGCUGUACAUCAUCCAAACCCCCUGGAGCUUCCUACUCACCGAUGGCAUCGUGGACUGUGUAAAGAAGUGAGAGGGUUUGAACCCAUUCUGAAGCUGGACUGUGGAUUGCUUCUUCAAACUGAAUGGUGGUUGCUUGAAGUUGAAAAGCUGAUUAAAAUGUGAAUAGCAAAUUCUGGUACUUUGUGACUGAGUCUCGAAUGCCUGUUUUUGACAAGAAUAUGCUACAAUAUUAAUGAACAGUGCCAAAUAAAUGGUGCAUAUCUAUAAUGCAGUCUUUUAAUAUAUGCUAAUUAGCUCCUCCCAUCUCUGUGAUGGUUCCACUCUUAGAAUCAGUGAAGUUUUUGUGAUACUUGAAGUGGAGAUUUUGACAACAUGUAAACAAUGUAUACAGCAGGUUUUUAUGAUUAAGGAAUCAAAUUUAUUGAAUUUUAUUAAUAAAAGUU